CCUUCUCUCUUACUCUCUCCUUCAAUGGAGGCCCCACCACCCCUCCUCCCCGCCGCUCCUCCCGCUCCGGCGUCCGCCGUCUAUGCCGAUUCCGUCGACUCCUCCCCCCGCUCCCGCCACACCGACUCCUGGGACACUGAGCCGCCUCCCCCGCCGCAGAAGCUCCGUCUCAUGUGCAGCUAUGGCGGCCACAUAGUCCCCCGCCCCCACGAUAAAUCCCUCUGCUACAUCGGUGGAGACACUCGCAUCAUCGUAAUUGACCGCCACACCUCCCUCUCCGACCUCCGCCACCGCCUCUCCAAAACCCUCCUCAACAACCAAUUGUUCUCGCUCAAAUACCAGCUCCCCAGCGAGGAUUUGGAUUCCUUGAUUUCGGUCACUACCGAUGAGGAUCUCGAGAAUAUGGUGGAGGAGUACGACCGCCUCAAUAGUCCUGGCGGGAUGAAGCCUGGCCGCAUCCGCCUCUUUUUGUUUCCCCAAUCGUCGGCGAAUAUUGAGCAGCUCCUCGUUGAGACGGCGUCGACUAAAUCGGAUGAUUGGUUCUUCAACGCUCUCAACGGUAAGUCGAGUACGAUGUCGGCGGCGGCGAGUGAUCGCGGAUUUUCCGAGUCUUCUUCGGUUAAUUGCCUACUCGGAUUGGACGAUGAUUCGAUGGGGAAGGCGACGGCGGCAGGUCAAAUUGAGGGGGCGAAAGUUGGGGGAAAUGGAAACAGUGGAGCGAAUCAGGAUGUGCACUCUGUUCCCGAUUCUCCAAUGCUGGAGACGACGUCAUCGUUUGGGUCGACUUCUAGCUCGCCAUCGGUGGCGAAUUUGCCGCCGAUUAGGGUUCAUGUCGAUGAGAAUCAGAAGAUGGGGGCGGUGGGAAUUGAGGAUCAGUUUCAGCAGAUGACUGUUGGGGUCGCGGCGAAUGUCAAUUUUGCAGCGACUACGAAGACGGACGGAGUUUCUGCCGGUGGGGUGGUUGCUGGGGUACCGAUGGUGGUUGGUGGCGAUCCCCCAAAUCGGGUAAUUUCAGACGAUGAGAGAUCAGAUCCUGGAGGAUACAGGAGGGUACAACAAAUCCAGCCGCAUGUACAAUCACAAAUGCAGCCGCAGCAGAUUUCUCAGGCUCAAUUUCAGCAGAAACAGAGUGGUGGCUUCGAUUUGGCUUCUCCAGAUUCCGCUUCAAGUGAAGGAGGUAUAAGAAACCCCCUAUCCAGUCAGAGACAACCUGUUUAUCAAGAUCAAAUCAUACAAAUUCAAUCUGGAAACAAUAUGGUUGCUGCUAAUCAAGCUGAAUUGAAAUCUGGUGAUCAGAAUGCUAAUAAGAUUCAGAUGCAGCAACAAGUUCAAGAAUCGGGCUAUGUUAUAUCGAACCAAUAUGAUCAGAAUCACCCCCAAAUGCAUCAUCCCCAACAAUUUGUUCAUUCCGGCAACCAGUAUAUACCCGCUGGAGCGAUGCCGUAUGGGUCAUACUACUCCGUUUAUCCUUCCCAGCAGCAGCAGCACCAUCAACACCAGCAGCCCGUGCUCGACCAGCAGCCGUUCUACUUCGUCCCUGCUAGACAGCCCCAACCUUAUAACAUGCCUAUACAGCCACAAGGAUAUAGCGAAAUGGCCCCAAAUGCCCCUUCCGUUCGCCCUCAGGCUCCUCCUGCUGCUGCAGCCACCCCUCACGUGGCUUACAGCCAGCAAGUAAACGCUCCUUCCUCCAAACUCGAAAUGGCUACAGGGGUGUACAGAACGGCAGCUGGAGCUACUCAGCAUAUGGUGCAAGUCCCGUCUAGCCAGCAACAUCAACCUCAAUAUGUCGGGUUCACUCAGAUUCAUCAUCCGUCUCAAAUGAUGGCUCCAUCUUCAGCAUCCAAUUCUGCUUAUACGUAUGAAUUUACUGACCCGACACAGGCUCAAAUGUAUUUUACUCAGGCUAUGCCGCAGCAGUUCUCUGCUCAGUACCACCAGACCUUGACAUCAGCACCUCAAGGCGUUUCGCCUGAUGCUUCGUCUCAUGCUUCCUCGGAGAACAUGAAGCAGCAGCAAGUUAGGACUAUGCAGCAAUAAUGACAAGUAAGUUUGGGUUGUUGAUGAAAAUUUUUGCAGCAGUGGGUUUGAUUUUAUGGUUGGAGUUUAUAUUAUACAGUGUCAACAAAGUGUUACUACUAUUCUUCUUAUUGGUUUGUGGUAUGUAAGUUCAUUAGUUAAUAAGAAACUCGUAUUUUACUUCUGUUUA